AUGACCAGUGUACCAAUUGUGGACACACUGGUCAUCAACACCCAGACCAGUGGUCAGUGUUGUAUCGAAUUGUGCCAGGGAGAUAUCACUGAGUUGGACGUCAAGGACAAGGUGGACGUCAUUUGUGUCUCAGUAUUGGGACGCGACUACUGUACACCAGCCAGCACUUUGAUCGGUGCCCUGCAACACAAACUCAAUCUCAGCAUCAGGGAGCUGGCCAAAGAUAAGGAAGAGGACUUACGGCAUGCCUACAUGUGCUGGUGGUCCAAACCGCUGCCGAAAAAGCUGCCUUAUAAGAAACUGCUUUGCUUUGAAAAUACAUGGGGUAGGUAUUGCCCUCAGGAGUUGGUGGCUAAUGUGUUCCGCUGCCUGGUACCCAUCCUCAACAAUGAACCAGGGACAGUCAUCACUCCGCUGCUCAAUACAGGAGGCCAGGGCCAUGAUGAGGUAGCCAUAUUGGUGGGCAUGGUGGAAGCUGCCGCCAAAUGGAUGAAGGCAGGCCUGCCUCUCAAAAAGCUCAAGAUUGUGCUCUAUGCCACCGUCUUCAAGGGUAAAAUCACCACCAUGCGCAUGAGAGAUCCAGAGGGGAUUCUGACGGCCUUCAGAAAUCUGAAGGAGAGAUUCAGCAGGGAGACAUUCAUCCCAAUGGCUGUGCCCCUUGAGUAUGACAUCUACCUGUCUCACUGUGCUGUGGACAGUGAGAUAGCAUCCAUGGUGGAGGCCAAGCUCCUAGCCUCCAAGCCAGGCAUCAGAAUCUACAAGGGCAGACAGGACCCUGCCGAUGACAGGGAUGAAAAGGAUGGGGCAGAAGGGUCCUUCUGGCAGGAGGACAUGUACAAGAUCAUGUCAAGAUGCGCCCGCGUGGUUCCAAUUCUGAGCCCUUCGUUUCUUGAGAGCAAAGCUUGUGUUGACCUGUACAACAUGGCGCUCUGCUGUAAUCGGAGAGCUCAGCGAGACUUGCUGGCCCCACUCUACAUAGAGAGUAUUCAAGACAUGCCUACCUACAUGGGACUUGUGCAGUACAUCGACUGCAGUCCCAAGGACGAAGUUAAGAUCAGUGACGGCUGUGCACACUUGGUGCAGUCCCUGGAGCAUGCUAGUAUGAAGGUCCACAUUGAGAUGGUGAUUGCCGACGCCUCCCCUCUACACUACGACAUCUUUGUGUCGUACAGUCACCGGGAUUCCAAGCUAGCCAUCCCCGUCGUUGAGAAGCUGCAGAGGAUGAAUCCAGACUUGCGGAUCUUUUUUGACAUUCAAGAGCUCAAAGCUGGCACGACUUGGCAGAAGAUGUUGUAUCAUGCCAUAGACGGCUGUCGGUCCUUCAUGGCCUUGGUUUCCAACAGCUACAUGAAGUCUGCCAUGUGCAUUGAGGAAUUCAACUUAGCCCUGGCAAAGCACUGCUCCUUGGAAUCUCAGCUGCGCCUGGUCCCAGUCUGCAUCGAACCCCUGGUGGACCCAUUGCUGGAGUUCCGGCAGGUGAAACUGAUCAACGCUAAGCCGGGCGUGUUUGAGCCAGCCAUGGAGAUCAUCUGCACCUCGCUGGUGGACUGGAUUGCAGGGAGAGAUUGGCACCCCCAGCUGGACUCCAUCUUCAAGAGAAAGAUGGAAAGGAUCCUGGAUGCUUCAGAGUAUGCUGUUGAGCGUAGACGACUUGAAUUCACUCUCAAAUAUGGCCGGGGAGAAAAGAUGCUAAAGCGAGAUGAUGUCAAUUACCCUCCAUCAUUGCAUGGUGUGUAUUGUCGGAGCGUGGCCUCCGAGGACACAAACUCUGAGGAUGCACCUUGUGAUGUUGCUUUCAGCUGUGCUCCUGAGGACAGAAAGUUUGUUUCCUUUGCAACAAAGAUCCUCCGCGAGGUCAGUCCAGGGCUCAUCAUCAAAGAAACAGCAGACACAGAAAAUGAACGCUUGGCUCUGAUGGAGUCAGCUCAAAAAGUGGUCGUCUUCCUAUCGGCAAAUUACCUGGAAUCGGUGGAACAGGUGGAGGAAUUUCACACCAUUCUCUUGAGGCAGAGAUACCGCAGCCCGACGCAGGUCCUCUUUCCAAUAACCCUGCACAAUUUGCCGCAGCUGCCCACGUAUUUCCACCUGAUUCCCUCCGAGUUCAACCUCUUUGAUCCGUUGUGGGUGGACUUGUUCUGCAAGCAUGUGAUAAACAUCAAAGCCCUGCAGCAGAUGUACAAAGUGCACGCCGACCACUGGGCGGGCAGGUAUGAGAACAUUGGAAUGAUUGCAGCUAUUCACAGUCUGCUUGUGCAGCUCAAAAACGAAAGGGAGCAACCCCCUGCUCUCAAGACCAGUCAACAGCCGAUGCUGCUUAACGUCCUGCUCCUUCGUGCAGAGGUCAACAGACUCUACCAGAAAGUGAAGGAGGCUGGUGCCCAGGAUGGCGACAGCAGCGAUACAGAUGGUAAAGGUGGCAGCAGUCAUGAAGGCAGCAAGGAUGCUGAAUCACUAGAUGAUGACGGUCUACUUCAUAUUGUCAGCGAGGUCAUGACAAGAGGAAAAGGUAACUGUGUAGCAGAGGGACUUUCUGAUUCUAUAGCCAGUGAGGGAGAUGAGCUGAAUGAGGAAACCAAACCAUCUCCAGAGGCCCUGCCUUCGAGCACAGAGGCCCGGUCCCAAAAUGUGAUCAACUCUCAAGAUUCCUCUCUCAACCAAAAUCCUGGGGGACCUGACGAGGAGACCAAGAAACCGUCUCUGAAGGACAGCAGUACUGAGAUUGGACGGAUCCAAGACACUUCACCUAUUAUUGAUGAGCAAGUAGCAGAUCGAGCAGCCCAUACUGACAGUGUAGGACGCAGUGAUGAGGAGCAUGCAGUCACAGGCAUACUUGGAAGGCGCUGUUGUACCCUUCUCUGACAGCAGUAAAUAUGCUGGCUUGCCAGUCCCGGAUAGUGUUGUAGUUGAGACCACUUAAGACCUUCACAAGACCACAUUGUGUUUCAAGAAGACUGAAGAAUAUUUUUGAAGCUUUUUUAAUGAUGUCAGUACUAACAUGAGUUUCUACAGAAUUCACUUAAUUCGCUCAGUUUCCUGGUACUCAAUGGAGAAUGGCCAGGAACACGUACAUGUAUGCAGUGAAGUCAGAGCCCCUAUCAUUUUAUACUUCAUUUUCUUAUUGGUGCCGUAAUUAUAAUUAGCUGAUCAAUUUGACGUUGUCAGAAACAUGGCGCUUGAAGUUUCAUUUUGAACAUGUAUUUUAAUCCCAGAUGUUUGAGACAUGCAUGAAUGUGCUUGGUGUUUCAUCUCCCAUUAGUUACCACCUUGAGCAGAAGCACCCCCUCGUUGGUUGGAAAGACCCAUGCUCUUACAAAGCCUACGCAAGGAAUGUACAUGUAUCUCAUAGUCAUUUGUGAAUCAGUGAAGUGGAGUUCCCACAGAAGGAGCUUCUGUUGCUCUGAAAAACUUGCCCUCUCUUGGUCCCGCCAGCUGACUCCGAGAAUAUUCAGGUCACUGUGAACAAUGUUUAGGCCAGCAUACCCCCCAUCUUUAAAGUUUUGCAAUAUUCAUAGGAUAACGUUCUUAAAUAUUGAUGAAUAACUUCAGUUCCACAGCAAAGGGCCUGCUAUGCGAUGAAGUAAAUUAAAAUUUAUCCAGCAUACAGAUAUGUAUAUAUACUUGAAUUCACAUCCAUACCUAUUUGUCAAGUUUCCAAAAAAUUGCACCAUGUAACACCAUGGAGGAAGGAACACUGAUGAGUGCUUUUCAGCAUUUGUUUCAUAAUGGAGCUUACACAUUUAUCCCGUGAAUGUAGAGAUUUUAAUAGAGUGAUGCCAAAGUACUGGUACUAUUCAA